AGCAUUUCAGUUGGCAGCUGGCGGCUGGAAUGGGGCGCAGUGGGCUGCGGUGGCAGUUUCCUCGGUGGUCGCCGCCAGAAGACCGUCAUCACCUCGCCCAACUACCCUAGUUCAUAUCCGUAUUCAACGGAGUGCAUUUGGUUCAUCCAGGCACCUGAAGGUCACAGCGUAGACCUGCUAGUGGAGAACCUUGAACUGGAGCAGACCUAUGGCCCUUGUCGAUAUGACUACCUGUCAGUGCUGGGCGGGGCGGACCUCAAUUCAACUGAGCUGACUCGCUUGUGCAGCCAGUCCUCUGGCACGCACGUCUCCUCAAUUGGCAAUCACAUGGUGGUCAAGUUUGUUGCAGACGGCAGUACUUCACGCAAAGGAUUCAAAGCCUCCUUCACCACGCUCAAUCCCGGUUGUGGAGGAAAGUACACCGCCGAAGAGGGAACUCUGGUGUCGCCUUCCUACGGAAGGGGCGGCACCUACGACCGCCACGCCGACUGCACGUACCUCAUCCAAACGGGAAGUCACAGUGACAUUCAGCUGACCAUUAAUGACCUGAACAUUCCCAGUCGAUUGGCCGACUGCUCCAGCGGAUUUCUCGCCGUCUACGAUUCGUCCUCUCAACAGGAGGGAAAACUACUGGGCAAGUUUUGCAACCGAAAGCCGCCAGUCAAUUACGUCCUCAACAGUACAAACAGCGCACUCUUUCUGCGCUUUAAGGCGGACAGCGAGGGAAGUACUGGAAGAGGCUUCAACAUAACCUACAAAAGUGUAUGUGGCCGUACAAUAACACUCUCGGAGGAAGAGGCAAGUGAGGGCUAUCAGACGAUCACCUCGCCGAACUAUCCGCACAAGCCCAGGGACACUGAGCCCUGUCGUUUUGUGCUGAAAUCGGCCAACCCGUCGGCCAUUGUCUCCAUUCAGCUGACGCACGUUCAAUUGUACGGUUACAACUAUCAUGUGAAGGUGGGCAAUUUCUGCUUGUCGAGUUACAUUAAUCUCUAUGAAGGAGCAGUUGAACUGCCUGAGAAGCGACUUCGACACUUCUGUGACAAUGACAUUCCCCUGCCAGUAGUAUCCAAGGGCAACUCCCUUCUUCUGGUGUCGUACUUUGCCAUCUUCCGCGCCGUGGUCUCAUCGGUGCAGUCGUUUUGUGGCGCCGACUUGACCGCUCUAGAGGGAUUCAUUGCCAGUCCGGGCUAUCCGAACUCGUAUCCCCUUUCAAUUGAGUGCAUUUGGCGACUGGAGGCUAGCUUUUCAAAUAGAUACCUGCUAGAAUUUGAAGACUUUGAACUGGAGGAGAACGAUUUUUGUAAUGGCGAUUACCUAGAGAUUCGUCAGGGUAGCUCCAGUGGGCCGCUGCUCGGUGGUCGACGUCUUUGUGGCGUUGGCAAGGACAACCUGCCCAGUCUUGCGUCGACCAUUCCCGGUGACACGUGGAUUAAAUUUAAAACUGACGACAGAACAGUAGCCAAAGGUUUUCUGCUGCACUUUAAACUGGCCACAAAUGUAAUGCUCAGCGGGGAGAGUGGCCAAAUUGCAUCGCCAGGCUUUCCAAAAGAUUUCCACGCCGUCAAUCGAAGCUUCACAUACUCGAUUGUCGUUGAGCAGAAUCAGUUCAUAAAGUUCACCGUGAAGGAGCUCAACCUAGACGACGGCUACCUGCACUACAACUGCCCGGUGAAGCUGCUCUUCUAUGAGGGCAUACUUGACACGUCAAGACUCGACGCCAGCUCACUGGAGCAGCAAAGCCUGCCCCAGCCCAAGGUCCGCCUCUGCGCGUCAGUGCUUCCGGCGCCGUUCGCCUCUGAGGGCAACGCCGUCACCGUGGUCUUCAGCGGCCCACCGGAGAGCAACGUCCUGGUGAAGUACAGCCUCAAGUGGGAGUCCAUCAACCGAACCGAACUGGCGCAGUUUGACGAGCACCGAGAGGGCGUCCCCGGCGGCGUCAACUCCACCUUCAACCUCUUUGCAGGGGAGAUGGGCGAGGCGGUCAGUCUGGUGGACGGCAACUACAGCCAGUUCCUCGGCGAGAUGGGCAGCAGCAGCAGCGGCGGCGGUGGCGGAAUCAACUGGUACGUGCGGACGCACAGUUGGGCGCACUUUAACCUCUCCUGGACAGGGGUGCGCUUUCCCACCACUGACUGCUGGCAGACUCGCUUUCGCGUGUACGCCUGGACGGGCGCCAAGUUUGCCUUUGUCAGAAACAUCUGCGCCGGUGCCACCUUCCGCCCGGUGGAGCUCUCCGCAAGCAAUCUGCUGCGCAUUCACCUGGACUUCAGCAAUCUGCUGCUCUACACUUCGCCCAUUGCCCUAUCGUCCUCGCAGAGCCCUUCCAUUCACUUCAACCUGACGCUGGUGCCGGUGUGCGGCGGAAACUUCACCAGCAGCUCUGACACGAUCAACUCUGAGGAGGUGACCGGCUGGUCGGGUGUCCUGCGAGGCAGUACCUGUCGGUGGCUGGUCAAGGUGCGCCCCGGACGGACGAUUCAGUUCACCGUGGAUUACUACUCCAUCGGGUACUGUCACACCGCCUCCAAGGAGUCGCUGCGAAUUUUCAACGGUCAGUCAGAGAGCUCACCGUUGCUGGUGCCGCCGAUGUGUGGAGUGAACACCAGUUCAGUGACGCUGCCGAUGACUGCAGGCAAUCUGGCCUACCUUGUCUUCAAGGCAGCCACCGAUAAAGAUCACAGUAUGAUAAAAUUGGGCUGCUCUUCGGAGAUGCCGGCGGAUAUUAUUACACCAAACCACUUGGUGUCCAUUACCUUUGAGGCAAAAGAGCUUGCGCCUCGUGAAGGAUUUUCCCUAUCGUACAAAAUGAUCUACGACAAUGAGUCGUGCAGCGCCUUACUCGACUCUCCUCGAGGGCAGCUAAUCUCCUCCAACUAUAACAAUCUCAACUACACGGGGAUCAUCUCCUGCGCCUGGGUGUUCAGCUCUCUACAUGUGAACCAGUCCUUUACACUAGUCUUGAGCGACUUUGACGUGCCGAGUGACUGCGCCAACCAAACGCUGAGCAUCGUUCCCGUUUUAAAGACAAAGCACUUUAACGUCAAUAGCCGCGUUAAUACGUGCAUUCGAAAGGAGGUGGCACCGCAGACAAAGGGCACCAAGUACGUACUACCCGUCUUUUGGCGUCGUACCGCAGUUGGUCCUCCCACAGUACUGUUCUCAUUCAAUCGCACCGAAGUUGGCCAGUGGAGAGGCUUAAAGGGAGAGUGGUACUUGCAGAACUGUGGUGGGCAUUUUGUUAAUGCUUUUGAACAGGAGUUUACCUCACCAAACUACCCGGCUGACUAUGGGACAGAUGUUUUCUGCAAUUACUUCCUUCAGCUUUCCAGUGACGGUUCCAACGCCAACGGCUACCGCUUAGUCUUUACUGAAUUUGACAUUGGAAACAGCUGUGAGGAAGACUACUUUUUGAUAACUAAACCCCGAUUUGAGCCGCCAGUAAAGGAGAAGAUUUGCCGCCAAGACGGCCCUCCACAACCCAUUGUUGUUGGCCACAGUAUUUAUUUAACUUUUGUCAGCAGUCGAAACUUGUCACUUACUUCGACUUCCUCAACGAGUCCUCCUUCAGUUUCCAGAAAAUUCAAGUUUAGACUUGAGCGGGCUACUGAAGGUUGUGGCGGCAUGCUGCUUAGCCCAUCAGGCAGUUUUAGCUCGCCUAACUACGUCAAACCGAACGACCAGUCAGCUUUGGGCAAUGUCAAAGGCAAAUCAUACCCGAACUCAAUUGAAUGCGUGUGGCAGAUCAAAGCAGUGCCCGACUUUCAUCUGCAGUUUAACUUUAGCUCGCGAUUUGACCUCGAGGACUCGACCAACUGCUCAAAUGAUUUUCUACGCUUCGAAGAGCGACACAUCGACUUUGUGGACGAUAGUGAAGUGGAAAGGUGGCGUUUGCUAAGUCAAGUUUGUGGUCCUCACACUCCGGCAAUGGUCGUCUCCUCCACCGACACUGUUCGAGUCACAUUCCGCACUAAUGAGGCAGUCACUGCUGACGGCUUCUUUGUGGACUACACCCAAGUUUGCGGGGGACUGUUCGAGGAGGCGUCUGGUACGAUCAGCUCUCCGCACUACAGUGAGGGAUUUUAUGGCAGCCAGCUGAAGUGCGUCUUCAAAGUUCAGCGCUCACCGCACGAGUACAUUCGUCUCCGUUUUGAAGACUUUUUACUGGAGGGCUCUCCCGUGGGACAGUGCAACUACGACAGGGUGACCAUAGUUUUGGGCGAAAGCACCAACAAAAGCGCGCUCACCUAUGGGCCCUACUGUGGCGAUGUACUGCCGCCGAAGAUCACCGCACAUGAAAAGGUGUCGGUUGUCUUUGAAACGGACUACUCCGUCACGAAGCGUGGAUUUCGCUUUCACUACUCGGUGUCGCAGUGUGGGGGCAACAUUACCGACAGCAGCCGGGGAAUCAUCGUCUCACCGGAGCUAAACGAAGACCGCUCUAGUCUGACCUGCAAGUGGGUGAUCACCGUUCCCGAGGCGGGCAACUCGGUGGCCAUUCGCAUACUCGAGCUGAACGUCAUCUCACAUUUGUACUGCGAGUCAUCGCUAAAAAUUUUCAACGGCGUCUACGAUCGAAAGUCCGCUUACCAAAACCUGCUGGCGCACAUCUGCACGAACGCCUCUGCGGACGCCACUGAGCUGACCUUCAAAUCGACCAACAACAGCAUCAGUGUGGUGUACAGCACCUACCGACCGUACUACGGGCGCAGUCGAAACGAGGAGCCCAGCUACAUUCGCUUUAAACUGGAGUACUACUCGACGCCCGGGCCAAAGGCAGGCUGCGGUGGGCGGGUGAGUGCUGCCGCCGGGGAAGGAGGAGGAGGGGCGCAGGUGGUCAGCUCGCCGGACACUGACGGCGACUCCAACUACGAGCCCGACUUGAGCUGCGUCUGGGCCAUUGCCGCCGACUCACUGGACAGCGUCGUUCAGCUGCAGUUUGAGCGCUUUGACGUGGACCCGGGCAGCGGAAAUAGCAGCAGCAGCACCAGCAGCAAUGACUGCAGCGACGGCGACUAUUUGGAGGUGUUCGACGGAACGACGAUGCGGGCGCCGCCGCUAGCCCGACUCUGCGGACGAGAACGGUUGCCCGAGCAGCUGCAGUCCACCGGGGAGUCGAUGCUGCUGCACUUUGUCUCCAAUGGCGACAACGCCACCGGACACGGCUUUCGUGCCCGCUACGUCGCCUUCAACCAGAGCUGCGGCAGCAGACACCUGGUGGCGAAGGAGGGCCGACAGGAGAUCAGCUCACCGAACUACCCGAACCCGUACACGGAGAGCAGUCCGCAGACGUGCACCUGGAGCUUCGCCCGAGCGGGCAUGCAGCCCACGGUGCUCACCUUCCUCGAGCUGGACCUGAACUGCAGUCGAGGCGACUCUCUGCAGCUGAUGGAGACGUCAGGCGUGGGUGAUGACAGCUCCUCCUCUCCCUUACGGCCACUCACCCUCUGCAGGUCGCCCAGUCAGGUGAAGAUCGUCUCCUAUCGACCGCUGCGGCUGGUGAUGCAGAGCUUCACGGAGGUGCACAGUACGGUCGCCUAUGACACCUCGGUGGCGACUGUCAGCAGGAAGGCGCUCUACAAGGGCUUUCGCCUCACCUACCACAGCUCGCUGUGCAAUGAGACGCUGAGCGGCGCCGAUAACGGCUACGCCUUCAACAAGUACUACCCGAGAGCGGAGCGCUUCAACCACGACUACCUCUGCAUCAUCAACAUCUCAGUGCCGGCAGACCGGCAGAUUGCGUUGCACUUUUCUGCCUUCAGCUUUGGCCUGUGCCACUACCGCAACAUAUCUAUCUACGAGGGUGGCGGCAACUCCUCAAGCAGCCAAACCAAGGCUAAGGCCACCUUCUGCAACUCCCAGCAGCCGCCCUACCCGGUGUUCAGCACCGGCAGCAGCCUCUCCGUGGUCAUUCGCGCCUCUGCCAUGCCCUCCACCCUGGACAAUCAGAUUCGCUACCGAAACAUGCCCUUUCUCUACGCCUUCAACUACUACGCCUCACCGCGAGGCGCCUCGGCCAGUGGAGCUGCCCCGGGCUGUGGCGGCAAUCUGACCGGACAGAGCGGCGUCUUCAGCAGUCCGCUCUAUCCGCAGGUGCGACUGGAGGGCGAGGACCGGGUGUGCAGCUGGCUGAUUCACAGCAAUGGCUACCACACGCUGACGCUCACCUUCACCUUCCUUCAGCUGGCGCCUGGUUGUGGCCAGAACCGGGUGAUCGUCUACGACGCAGACGAGCCGCUCGAGGAGAAGCAACGCGUCACACUGUGUGCCUUUGACCAACCGGCGCCCAUUCGCAGUGAAUCGAGUACGCUUCUGGUGCAGAUGAUAGUGACCAAGGACAGCUACAAUGGCGGCUUUUUGGCCAAGUUUAAAAUGAAUCUUGAAAGUAAGUACAAGUAA